AUGUCCAAAGACCUGUCGGGGGCGCUUCUGGCGUCCUCGGUCGUGAUCAUGUGUAUCACGACGCUCGCGAUCGGCAUGCGGCUGUGGAUCAGGGCGACCUUGAAAACGACCGGCUUGGACGAUUAUCUGAUCACGGGUGCUUGGGUUUUCUUGCUGGCUUUGUGCAUAGCAACGACUCUAGCUAGCAGAAUUGGUUUUGGACUCCAUAGACUUGAAGUCUCCGACGAAAAUUACGAGCAGUUUUUAAAGUUAACGACUGUCUGCUCGUCGACCUUUAGUUGCGGUGUCUCACUUGCAAAAUCGUCCUUCGCCGUGCUCUAUCUGCGUAUUCAACCCAAUAAGGCGCUUCGAAUCGCCAACAAAUGCUUGAUUGCAUUUCUAUUCCUCCAGGCCGUCGAAGAAAGUUGUGUUGUCAUCUUCAAAUGCAACCCGAUCUCCGCAUCAUGGGACUUGGAGGAGCUUGCGACAGCCAAGUGCCUUGACAUUCACGUUUUGUGGUGGAGCACCUUUGUUUUCAACAUGACGACCGAUCUGUUCCUGUUUAUUCAACCUAUUCCUGCCAUGUGGAAACUGCAAUUGCCCCUGACGAAGCGAAUUGGGCUGAUUUGUAUGCUUUCCCUCGGUCUCCUGGUCUGCGUUACUUCGAUUAUCCGUAUUGUUUUCGUCACCCGCAUCGGUACAGACGACACCUAUGAAUUUGUCGAACCGAUGAUCUGGUCAGAAGUCGAACUCGCUGCGCUGGUGAUCUGUUCCACCAUCCCCUGUCUGCGACAAGUCGUUCAAAAGGUUCCCUGGCUCAACCACGCCCUGGGUCUGUCCAGCCACAAGACAUCUCAGAAUUAUUACGGACAGUCUGGGUCGAAGAAGAAUGGAUCAAUUCCUCUCAAGAGUUUCAACCAGAGCCACAAGGAUUACCUGCAGAGCAACAAGUCUAAGAAUGGUGGCCCAUACACGAGCAACUAUGGCCUUACCAGCAAGGCAGUGGGAGGCCAGCAUACAAAAAACGACAGCACGGAGGAAAUAUUCCCUCACAAGACGGACGGAAACGGUGCAAUCAUGGUCACUCACGAAGUCAUGCGCGAUGUCGAAUCCCACACCACCUCCUCACCAGCCGGUUCCGUAAGACACGACAACUAUUACGAGUCAGCAGAUAAGCAGAGGCCGAAAUAAUCGAUGGGGAAAAUUCUACGGUGUUUAAUCGUUCGGCCGUUAUGUAUAUGCCACCGAGCCAGCUGUAAGAUUUGAGAGGCGUUUGAGGGUAGACACAGGUAUGGCCUACGUCAAAAUAAAUAAUAAAUCCCAGAAUAUGAGAGGGGUUUCUCGGGACUCAUUGUUUGAGGCGAGGGAUGUGACGAGAGUAAGAAGACCUGUGAUUGAGGAGAAUGAUUUACUGUACAACCAGACUCCCCGAGGUUGAUCAUAAUUAUUUAAG